AUGUCUUUCAAUCCUCCGUCGCUCAGAAAACGAGGUCAAUCCGAGCUGGCGCCGGCGUCAUACGGUCCACUACGGCAUGGCUCAACCGCUUCAACAAACUCCUCGCUAUACUCAAUGUCGUCUAAUUCACAUGUACCCAGUCGAACGAGCACCGUCUCGUCCCAUGCGCCUAGCGAUUUCAUGCCGGAGACGCCAGAGCGCAAGAUAGACCACCGGGGCCGCCUGGGCAGCUUCGAUACACAGAUGAGUGCUGGCGAAGCAUACGGAAACAUACGUCGCUCCCUAAGGCCACUGCCGCAGGCUCCUAACAGUACUCCGCCGAAAUCGAGACCAUCCACAUCUUCUUCAUGCCAUGGAAGGAGUCAGACAAUGAGCGGUUUCGUGCCGCAGCCGGACUUUACGUCACCUUACUCAAAAACACUGCGCAGCCCAACACCUGAAUUUACAUCACCGUUCUCGAAACAGUUGAAUAGCCCGUCUCAUGACAAUAUAAAUCCCGUGAUUCAAGAGAAGGACGAGCCUCUCGAGCCGCGGACGCAAAGUGUGCGCCGUUCUCACCACGCACGUACACAGUCGACUCCCCAUGCAACGCCAUCUUUACAAACCUCCUUCACUGCACCGGAGCUCCAGACUUUCCAAAAGUCGACAACGGGACAUCUCAGGACACUUUCCCAGAUAGCUCAAAGCGACAGUGACGAGUUUGCCAUAGCUACAGCAUCUCCCACUGUUAUUGGUCUACAGGGGCGCCGCCGACUCAAACGCGCUGACUCGGUCCGUGGUGGACAAAAGGCUGUUACUACUUCAAAACGAGCUGGCGUCUCUGCUUGGACAACGACAAACUGGAUGGACAAACAGCGUCGGUUCUUGCAGGCCUACGAGUAUCUAUGCCAUAUUGGAGAAGCCAAAGAAUGGAUUGAAGACGUCAUACAGAAACCCAUUCCACCCAUUGUUCAACUAGAAGAAGCACUACGCAAUGGUGUCACCCUGGCCGAGCUCGUUCAAGCAUUAUACCCACACCGCACCCUUCGAAUAUUUUAUAGCCCGAAACUUCAGUUCCGCCAUUCCGAUAACAUUGCUCUCUUUUUUCGGUUCUUGGAUGAAAUUGAACUCCCCGAGGUUUUUAGAUUUGAGCUGAUAGACCUUUACGAGAGAAAAAACAUUCCCAAGGUUAUCCACUGCAUUCAUGCGCUGUCUUGGCUCCUGUAUAAGAACGGCGUUGUAGACUUCCGCAUCGGCAAUCUUGUCGGACAACUAGAGUUCGAGCACCAUGAACUGGAACAAACACAACGCGGCCUGGAUCAGGCAGGAGUGACUAUGCCUAGCUUCUCUGGUAUGGGUGCUAAAUUCGGGGCCGAACCAGAGCCGGAGCCGGAGCCUGAACCUGAGCCUGUUGAGACAGAAGAAGAGAGGAUAGCCAGGGAGUUGAACGAAAACGAGGAUUCUGUAACUGACCUACAAACACAAGCUCGAGGUGCACUCCUUAGGCUGCGGCUUGGAGACCUGAUGCAAGGACUGUGGGACCAGGAACACUUGUUAAUAGACCUACAGUCUAGAAUACGUGGCGACUGGGCCCGUCAGAUAGCCGAGUAUCGGUUGGGUAUGCAGAGAUUUGCAACAGACCUGCAGUCGGCUGCUCGAGGAUUCAUAGUUCGGAUACGGCAGAAAAAUGAUCAGUCCUGGUGCAAAGCCGCAGAGGAGCACAUCCUACAAUUCCAGUCUUUGGUGCGAGCCAAGAAAGCAAAGGCUGAAGUGCAGCACAUACAUACCCUAACACGCAGAGAAGAGCAUGGUAUCAAGAGUUUCCAGGCAGCCAUCCGUGGUGCUCUUGCAAGGAAGCUGGAAAAUGAUCGGUAUGAAGAGACUAAGGACGCGGAAGGAGCAGUCCAUUCGCUCCAGUCUGCCAUCAGAGGAAUGCUUUUACGACGCUCUGUACAGGUAGACAAAGGAUAUUUGGAACGAAAAGCCAACGCCGUCACUGAUAUACAAUCAAUCGUUCGCGCAAUUGCUACUCGGAACAGGAUAGAGAGCCAAAAGGCUAUGCUGGCCAAGUUCAGCCCAGCUUGGCUAAAUAUCCAGUCCACCUUUCGAGCAAAUGCCACUCGCCGCAAGGUAGAAAGCGACAAGGCGAAUCUGGCCAAAUUUAUCCCUAACUGGUUGAAAAUCCAAUCAAUGGCUCGGGCAAUUACUGUUCGUCACAAGUUAGAGGAUGAGAAGGCCCAGCUGGCCCAGUUUACCCCGGCUUGGUUGAAUAUCCAGUCCAUUGCACGCGCAAAUGCGUCACGCAACAGGAUAGCAGACGAUAAAGCUAUGUUAGCAAAGUAUAACCCUAACUGGAUGGAUCUUCAGUCAAUUUCACGGGCCAUAGCUGUCAGGAGGAAAAUUGAAGAAACGAAGAAAGAGUUCACCACCCAUGAAGCAUCCGUCAUUGAUCUUCAAGGUUUCAUCCGCGGGCAACUACUUCGUGCUGACGUCGAAGUCUGCAAGAGCGCCCUUCUUGCUAAUACCGAUAGCAUUACUUUGUUCCAGAGCAGUAUACGAGGCUUCCUACUACGACAAGAGCAAAACAGAGAUAUGGAAGCUCUUCUGGAUCAGAGCGAAACCAUAUGUCGCCUUCAGGGACUUGCGCGGGCAGCUUUGUUGCGAAUAGACGUCGGCGAACUAUUAACAGAACUCGAUGCCUUUACGGAUGAAGUCACCCAUCUCCAAGCUCUAUCAAGGGCUAUGCUUGUCAGGGCCGAUGUCGACAACCUUCUAGGCGAGCUCGAAGCGGAAGAAGAUCUUUUUCUUGAACUUCAAUCCCUCGCCAGGGGAAGUAUGGUUCGGGGACGAUUCGCUGAAAAGCAACGAUUCUACCGCGAGAACAUGGAGAAGGUUGUCAAAGUUCAAAGCUUUGUGAGAGGCAAGAUACAGGGACAGGCGUACAAGAGCCUCACAAGCGGCAAGAACCCACCUGUCGGGACGAUAAAGGGUUUUGUUCAUUUAUUGAACGACAGUGACUUUGAUUUUGACGAAGAGCUUGAAUUCGAGAGACUGAGAAAAACAGUUGUUCAACAAGUGCGACAGAAUGAGAUGGCAGAUCAAUACAUUACCCAAUUGGACAUCAAGAUUGCUCUUCUUGUGAAGAACAAAAUCACACUAGACGAAGUCGUCAAGCACCAGAAACACUUCGGUGGUCAUGUCGGUGCCGUCUUGUCGAAUUCUGAUAUUGCCUCCAAGGAUCCCUUUGAUCUCAAAGCGCUCAACAAAACAUCCAGAAGGAAGCUGGAGCACUAUCAAGAGCUGUUUUUCCUCCUCCAGACCCAACCACAAUAUCUCGCAAGGGUGUUUCGACGGCUACGUGAGCAAGCAGUUUCCGAGCGUGACUGUGACAGGAUAAAGCAUCUUGUCAUGGGCCUGUUUGGCUACUCCCAAAAGAGACGUGAGGAAUACUACUUGAUCAAACUUAUUGUACGCUCAGUGAAGGAGGAAAUAGAUCACUCGACUUCACUCCAGGACUACAUUCGAUGCAACGCGUUCUGGACCAAGUUAUUGGCUGCAUAUAUCAAGACACCUCGAGACAGGAAAUUCACCAAGGAUCUAUUUGGCCCGCUGAUGAAGGAGGCUAUAAUAGAUAACGUUGAACUCGACUUGGAAAGCGAUCCUAUGCAAAUUUAUCGUUCUGCCAUCAAUAACGAGGAGUUAAGAACAGGCAAACGGAGUCGGCGCAGACCGGAUGUACCCAGAGAAGAGGCAAUCAGGGACCCAGAGACUCGAGAAACUUUCAUCCGCCAUCUUCAAGAUCUUCGUGAUAUCGUUGAUCAAAUUCUAGCUCUCUUGGAAGAUUCGUUACACCGUUUACCAUUUGGAAUACGGUUCAUUGCUCAGCAGAUGUAUGAACAGUUGCUGGCAAAAUACGAAGAGGAAGAUAGAGGAUAUAUUCUGCAAAUAGUGGGACAAUGGGUAUGGAAGAACUAUCUUCAACCAGCCCUUUUAGACCCAGAGAGGUCUGGUGUCGUCGAACGUGCUUUGACGCAGGAGCAAAAGAAAAACUUGGGAGAAAUUGGUAAAGUGAUGGGCCAGGCUGCGUCUGGAAGGCUCUUCGGUGCCGAAAAUGUCUAUCUGCAACCCCUGAACUCUUAUAUCAGUGAAUCAAUACAGAGACUCGGGGGAAUUUGGGGAAACAUUAUCACCGUCCAAGAUGCGGAAACUUUCUUUGAUAUCAACGAGUACAAUGACUUGUAUGCCAAAACUAAGCCAACUUUAUACAUCAAAAUGUCCGACAUUUUCUCUAUCCAUCAGCUUAUUGCAGCUGAGGCACCUUACAUAUGCACCGGCCCUGAAGAUACCCUUCGAGAAGUGAUACGCGAUCUUGGAAGUGUGAAGAGCAACGAGAAUGAGCUCAUGAGUGUCAGCUCCUCUGAGAUAAGUCUCACAUUGACUCCAAAGUUGCACAAUAUGGAGGACCCGGAUGCGGAAAUCAAAGCACUCCUUGUUGAAACCAAACGGUGUAUCCUAUACAUUAUUCGUGUUCAAUCAGGGGCCAAUCUGCUCGAGAUCCUUGUCACGCCGCCGAGCAUUGAGGAUGAAGAACGAUGGACAGACCUUGUCCGUGACGAGUUGUCGGCUGGUGACCGAAAGCGCGGCGCCUACUCUGACACCAACACACUGAUCGACAUUGGCGCUAUGUCUUAUACCGAAUUAAAACGGACCGCUCUUCAGCACAUCGUUGAGCUUGAAAGAGCUGGAAGAAUAAGUCGGCAUAACCAGUAUCAAGAUCUUCUAAACGAAAUCGCUGUUGACAUCAGAACUAAACAUCGACGAAGAAUCCAACGACAACGAGAACUUGAGAACGUCCGCUUAACCUUGGACCGACUGAACGACCAAUCCAGCUAUCUGGAAGGACAAUUGAAGACCUACAACGACUACAUCGAACAAGCCAUGAUCACGCUGCAAAAUAAGAAAGGAAAGAAACGAUUCCUAAUGCCAUUCACAAAACAAUGGGAUCAUGAGCGAGAGCUUCAACGGUCAGGCCGUGUAUUCAAAUUCGGUUCCUACAAAUACUCCGCCCGAAACCUUGCGGAUAAAGGCGUCCUUGUCCACUGGAAAGGCUACACGGAACGCCAAUGGGAUCGUGUCGAUCUUACAAUAUCAAGCAACGCAGUGGGUAUCUUCACAAUUGAUGGCAGCAGCGGCAACAUGAUGGUUCCCGGAGCAAAUGCACAAAUCCCACUAGAUGAUCUGCUGCAGGCCCAGUUCAACAACACGCAGUUCAUGGACCUGUUCGAGGAUCAGCUGCGCGUCAACGUCAAUUUGUUCCUCCACCUAAUUAUGAGGAAAUUCUAUAACGAAUAA